CAUCAGAAGUUUAAACAGCUUAUGUUCUGGCCCCCCUCUUAUAUCCAGAACCAGUACCUGAAUCCGAAGCAAAUGCACAAACAGCAAAUCCUCACUUCUUUGAUCGCAGCAUCAACAAAGAACAACAACAAGCAACAUCAUGACCAGCUACCAAAACACCCCCAUGGUGUUACCUGUGCCAUCCGGUGACGAGGACCAGUCCGACGUCUAUGCUGUGGAGACGACGACACGUCCCUUUUCCAAGAUCGGCCUCGCUGUGCUGGGAUCAAUGGCUCUCGUCUACUCUGUAUUUGUCUUUGGAGGCCCUUCAUCUUUGUCUUCUCUUCCAGAAAGUGCCGUCCCAAUGCUAGGAUCCAAGAGUGCCGUUGCUGAUUGCACCUUUAAGGAGUGCUAUGCCAGCAACUGCAAUGCCAAGGUGGCUCCCUACACUUGCCUAUUUCACAAUGGUGGUCCCCACGGAGGAUGCAGCCCGACGCCGUGGAUUUCGGGAACUUGCACGAAGCAGUGUGACUUGAGCGCCUGCGAUUCGCUCGACAUUGCCAAAGACGUGCCAACUUGUGACACAAAGUGCGACAAGGAGUGGUGUGCUUCGGGACGUCUCUGUGGAUCGGAUGUGUCCUACCAGUGCUCCGUUGGAUCGUCGGCCUUUGGAUGCAGCAGCGACAAGUACAUGUGGACACUCAAGACCAAGUCCUCCUCAUGCUCUUCUUGUUGCAAUGUCAACACUUGUGAUUGAAAGUAAACGCACCAUAUCCAUCAUCGACAACAACAAUAGGUCUAAUCGGGUCACCGUCUGCAACACGCGCACGUUUUUUGUACCUUGGUACCUCGCACUUUGAUCAGAAUUGGUUGUGCAACAGCACAAGAACCGGGAUUAGCAGCACCAGUAAUUAGAAAAACAGAGUUUUGUCU